GGCUCAUAAAUCUUGUCACCGGCGAAAAACCUUGAUUGCCGGAUUUAAGGAUUUCGAAGAGGGAUCUGGAGCUUUAUUCUCGAAAAAGAAAUGGCAGAAGUCAAGAACAAGGUUUGCCUGAUAGUCAUCGACGGCUGGGGGAUUUGUGAGAAGAAGGAAGGUAAUGCAAUUUACCAUGGAGAAACUCCAGUAAUGGAUGCAUUUGCUGAGGGGAAAGGCUGUGCGUACACAUCUCUUGAUGCAUCCGGUCUCUCUGUCGGACUGCCUGCUGGGCUUAUGGGAAAUAGCGAGGUCGGCCAUCUCAACAUUGGUGCAGGGAGAGUUGUCUAUCAGGAUAUUGUUAGAAUCAACAUGACAUCAGAAGGUCACACGUUCCAUGAGAAUGAGACUCUUUCUGCUGCUGCUGAGAGGGCCAAGAAGGGAAAUGGCCGUUUCCAUCUACUCGGUUUGAUCAGUGAUGGUGGCGUCCACUCCCAUAUCAACCACCUAUUUAGUAUGGUAGAGGCCUUGAAGAAACUUGGUGUUCCCAAGACAUUUGUACAGUUUUUCUCCGAUGGGAGGGACACACGCCCCACUAGUGGAGUUACUUAUGUACAGCAAGUGAUUGACAAGCUAAAGGAACUCAACUAUGGCUCCUUGGCCGCUAUAAUGGGGCGCUAUUAUGCUAUGGACAGGGACAAGAGAUGGGAGAGAGUAAAGAUUGCUUAUGAGGCCUUAGUCCAAGGCAAAGGGGAACAUACAACACUGGAUAAUGUCAUAAGUCUCAUAAAAAGUCGCUAUGAAGCAGAAGGCGAGAAGCAUGAAACAGAUGAGUUUCUUAAACCAAUCAUUAUUGACAAAGAAGGGCAAAUUAAAGAUGGUGACACCAUUUGUUUCUUUGAUUUCCGUGCUGACCGAAUGAGGCAGAUCAAUGAAGCCAUUGGAGUCAAACCCCCGUUUGAAACUGAUGUCAUCCCCAAAGAUCUGUACCAUAUUACCAUGACCCAGUACAAGAAGGAGUUUCCAUUCCCCUGCUUGUUCCCUCCUGUAGUACCCAAGAAUGUGCUAGCUGAAUGGCUUGAUGUCCAAAAGGUUCCUCAAUAUCACUGCGCAGAGACGGAGAAGUAUGCCCAUGUGACGUUUUUCUUCAAUGGUGGUGUUGAAAAGAAGUUUGAUCUUGAGGACAGAAUGUUGGUCCCUUCACCCAAAGUACCAACGUAUGACUUGCUCCCUCCAAUGAGCUCACAGGGGGUGGCUGAUGAGAUGUGCAAGGCCAUCGAGAGUGGAAAGUACCCAUUUGUGAUGUGUAACUUUGCGCCCCCUGACAUGGUUGGACACACUGGCAAAUACGAUGCAGCAGUGAUAGCUUGCACAGCCACAGAUAAAGCCAUUGGCCAGAUCUACCAGACUUGCCAGAAACAGAACUACACCCUGAUGGUGACAUCCGACCAUGGAAACGCUGAGCAGAUGAUUAGCGAACAAGGAGGACCACACACGGCACAUACAACAAACAGAGUCCCAUACAUCAUGACGGGAGGUCACAAGUUUCGACAAUUUACCCACAAUGCAGCUCUAUGUGAUGUCGGACCAACUGUCCUAGAUGUGAUGGGCCUGGAGUGCCCCAAGGAGAUGACUGGGACCUCUCUGCUGCAAAAGUGAGCCCACAGGCGUGGCUGUAACAGCAGACCUCCGAAAAACAGCUCCUUUCCUUUUAUAAAGAACAAGACUUCAUUUGGAAUUUUUAUCGACAUGAUUUAGGUUUUUCUUUAAAAAUGGAAUAGCAAACAUAGAACAGGGUAACGUUUGGUGCUCUCGUAUGCCAAAUAUUCAUAAGUUAUAUUGAAGUGGAGAAAAUUUUCAGUGCUGCAAGAUUAAGGCGUAAUUAGCUAGGUAAACAAAUAUAAGUACUUGUGAAAUGAUAAACCUUUUACUAUAAAUUGAAAAAAAAAACACUGUGGAUUUUUUUUGUAUGUAACUUUCAGCACUGGCCUCUUCUAGUUUCACGCCAUGAUUUCAUAGGCUCCAUAGCGAUGACGUCGAGUCUAAGGCUGCUUUGGCAGGGAACUAACAAAUUUUUCCUACCCAAAUUCCUCAUCAAUUGAACCCUCAUUUAUUGCCUUCGAAUAAAACCUUUAAAACACAAAAAAAA